AUGAGAAUAUCAGCAGUUUACACACAAAACGUGUGUCAGUUAUGCGAACAGCAUCAGGGUCACUCGGCGAAAGAGUGUAAAAAUAGCUGGAGGAGUCAGGGGAAUGCAGAACAAAACACCAGAAAAGGGUGUUAUUCAUGUGGUAGAUCGGGCCAUUUCGCUAGAGAGUGUAGGAAUUAUAGUAGGUCAGGGCAAAUGACUCAGGGAGAUUGUUAUACUUGCGGUCAAAACGGUCAUUGGGCUAGGGAUUGCCCAAGACAAAAUCGUCAGGGACGAGAGAAUUUUAGGGAAAACAGACUGCAGAAACCCACAAACCUAGUAAGAGGGGGUGACGUUAAUUUAGAAAUGAUUCAACGAAGGGGGGAGGAAAAGGUUCAACAUUCAACUAGAGAAGGGAAUCGAAAUACGGAAGCUAUUUCCAACCGAUUGUCUCCAUUUUCGAGGGAGUUCCAAACCAGGAAGCAAGAGGAUAACAUACAUAGGGGUAAUAAUACUAUCAGAAUAGAAAAUCUGGACCCAGCAGUGGUAGGUCACAAGGAUAGUGAUAGGUCGGCGAACCUAGAGUCACUGUUGGGAAUCCCGAUGAGGGAUGAUGAGAAUGGAAAGGGAAACAAGAAGAAUAGCGAUGAAAGGGAAGCAGCUUGGGAACUGCGAGAAGAAAGGUCUUCGAUGGUUAGAGCAGAAGUUGCGGAAGGAAUUCAGGAGAAUUCAGGAGAAUUCAGGUGUUCGGAAUGA